UGUGCUACAGUUGAACUUCCUCUUUGUGUCUACUCAAGCCUGCUGACUGCUGUCAGCUCUACAGCUCUCUUCAGUAUUGUGACUGCACAGCUCUCAAGUGUGUUGCUACACACUACCAAAGGAUUUCUUUGCACUGCUGAUGUUUCCUCCACUCUGAGGUUUGUAACCAGAAGCCUUUACACAAACUGUUCAGUCUCAUCACCACAGCGCUGCUGUUUUCACCUUGCAGACACUUCAGAGGAAGUCAGAAGAAAAGCAAAUCUCUUGGAUGUUUCUCAUGGAUACCAUUGGGGUAGGAACGUUGCUCCUUCUGGUCAUAACCAGCAUUUUCAUGUACCUGACAUGGAACCAAAUGUACAGGAAACGUAACCUUCCUCCAGGUCCAACACCUCUCCCGCUGAUCGGAAAUCUGCUGCAUAUAAAGUUUGGUGAAAUGGCCGGAUCAUUAAUGAAGCUGAGGGACCAGUAUGGCCCAAUCUAUACGUUGUUUUUUGGCAUGAGGCCUAUGGUUUUCAUUUGUGGAUAUCAGGCAGUUAAGGAAGCUCUUGUAGAUAAUGCAGAGGAAUUUGGCUCUCGUGGAAGAUUUCCAUCAAUGGAUAAAUUUACUCAGGGAUAUGGAAUUGGUUCUGCAAAUGGGGAACGCUGGAAGCAAAUGCGACAGUUUUCAUUUAAGACUCUAAGGGACUUUGGACUUGGGAAGAAAACUACAGAGUUGAAGAUUCAGGAAGAGGCACAGAAUCUGGUGAAUGAAAUCAAAAUAAUAAAUGGUUUACCAAUAGAUCCAUCAAAACUGGUUAUGGAUGCUGUAUCCAGAGUAUUUUGUUUUAUUAUAUUUGGAAACCAAUUUGAUUAUGAAAAUGAAAGAUUCACAAAGAUAUUCAGUUUUGCAGAAGAGGUCUUUAGACUUAUGGGCACACCAUGGGCACAGGAAAAACACAAUCCUAACACAGAGUUCACCAUGAGAAAUCUCUUGAUAUCGGUACACAAUCUCCUUCUUGGUGCUACAGAUACUGUUGGUACCACGCUGAGGCACGCACUCCUAAUAUUACUGACAUAUCCUGAGGUACAAGCCAAACUUCAUGAGGAAAUUGACCAGGUGAUUGGAAGAAAUAGACUUCCACUGCUGUCUGACCGGAGCCAGAUGCCUUAUACAGAAGCCGUGAUCAAUGAAGUCCAGAGAUUUGCUGAUAUUUCUCCACUGAAUGGCACGCAUUCAGUGACAAAAGAUGUCCAGUUCCGAGGAUAUACUAUACCCAAAGGCACUGAUGUUUUCCCAUUGCUGUGUACCGUUCACCGUGACCCCAGCCAAUUCUCUACACCGUACCAAUUCAACCCCAACCACUUCUUAGAUGAGAAUGGUGGAUUCAAAAAGAAUGAUGCCAUGAUGGCUUUUUCUGCAGGGAAGCGGAGAUGUCCUGGAGAGGGCCUCGCUCUUAUAGAGCUCUUUCUAUUUCUGACCAUCAUCCUGCAAAACUUCACCUUAACUUCAAAGAAAAAGUUUACUGAUGAUGAAAUUGCCCCAAAAUUAACUGGAUUUAUAAACCACCCCAUAUCUUUUCAACUCUCUUUCGUGGCUCGAUAAUAUUUUUGUCAACUUACAAAAUAAUGUCCUUUUUAAUAUAUUUUAGAUGUUUACCUAUAUAUUUUAUCAUAAUUCAUUGAUGUAUUCUCUAACUAUGGACUUUAUUAUUGAUGAAAUAAUACAGAAAUUAACAUUUC